GUAUUGUGGGGAUUGGCAGUUUGGGUUUCGCAUCGGCUUGAUGGUUGCUUGGUUGUCGGUCAAGAUAGUACACUUGCCGGGGAUAAUGCCUGUUAUUGCGAGUGUGACGGAAACUGUUAAAGGAGAGCUGCCCCACCUAGCCUCGCUAAUGGGGUGUGUGGUUCGUCUAGCGUUGGCGAUGCAGCUCCAUCAGAAAGGCUCGCUGUCUCAUUUUGAGAACGAAAUGCGGCAGAGAGUAUAGAUUACUAUCCAGCUC